AGGUAUUAAUACUAGAGCCAGAGGACACCAGAGGACGAGUGAUGGGGUUCAACAUAUAUAAGAAGGGAGAUGUCGUAGCGCCAGAUCAUUUCUUGACAACGAACAGGGCACAUUUCACACCCCCACCGAUCAGUGCAUACUACUCGGACGAAGAGGAGGAACGAGAAGUGGCGGAGAAGAAGAGAAGGGAGAGGUGGGAGAGGAGACAGAAGGAGGAGGAGGAGGAGGAGGAGGAGAAGGGGGAGGAGGGGGAGGAGGGAAGAACGAAAGUGGGGGAGGGAAGAAAGAAGGAGGGGGAGGGGAGAAAGAAGAAGGAGAGGGAGGAGGCGGCAAUCUGUCGCUGCUAUAACAAUAAGGCGAAGGAGAAUAAGGAGAGAGAAGAGGAGGUGGUACAGGAGGAGGAGAAGAAGGAGGAGGAGGAGGAGAAAGCAGGUAGCCAGAUCAUGGCUGAGAGCAGAAAGAACAGAGAGGAAGAAAGAAACGAAGAGGAGGAAGAAGAAAAAGAAGAGAAAGAAACGGACGGCGAUGAUCAUCAUCGUCAUCCACAGUCUCCGACAUCGCCAUACUCCUGUGUUUUUCCUCGCGCUGUUGGACUAGAAGAUGGCAACACUUACGAUGAUGCCAUUACCGUUUACAGUACAGGACGACCGGGGCAACUCUUGAUCCCCGAGGCCACCGAACUCAAGCGUCAGCUUGAGGAACUCCUGAGACUAGGUUUCAUUAAACCCAGCAACUCCCCGUGGGGUGCACCUGUCCUCAUUGCUCGCAAAGCUGAUGGAACUCUCCGUCUCUCCGUUGACUAUCGCGGUCUCAACCGCUACACGGUUAGGAACAACUACCUCAUGCCUCGUUCCGAUGUGCUGUUCGACCGCCUAGCAGGCAACCGCUUCUUUACGAAGAUUGAUCUUCGUAGCGGUUACCAUCAGAUCCACGUCGCUGGAGCGGACCAGCCGAAGACAACGUUCCGAUCGCGCUUCGACCACUACGAGUUUACGGUGAUGCCAUUCGGUCUCACCAACGCACCCGCUACCUUCCAGGGGGCGAUGAACGACAUCUUCAGGGACAUCCUGGAGCAGUACGUUCUCGUCUACCUCGAUGAUAUCCUGGUUUACAGUCGUACCCUUGAGGAGCACCCCAGACAUCUCCGCGACGUCCUUGACCGCUUGUAUAGACAUGGCUUCUACGCCAAGCUGAGCAAGUGCCGCUUUGCCCAGCACAAACUGAAUUUCUUAGGACACUACGUGUCUGAGCAGGGUCUCCACAUGGACGACGCGAAGAUCACUGCUAUUGCGGAGUGGCCCGUCCCCACAUCCACCAAGCAGCUUCGCAACUUUCUAGGCCUUACCAGCUACUAUAGUAUUUUCAUCCAGGGAUACGCUAGGUAUUCCUACGUCCUUACCUCCACCCUCCUCCUGAAGAACCCGCCCUGGGCUUGGACACCCCUCCACGAGGACGCCUUCCGCGCCCUCAAGAAGGAGGUGACAUGUGCACCAGUGCUUCACCUGCCCGAUUUUGAUCGCCCUUUUAUCCUUACCACCGAUGCGUCAGGCUUUGCUGUAGGAGCAGUGCUUUCUCAGAUUUUCCCCUCCUCUCCUGAUUCCUCUUAUUCUCGUAUCCCUCGCUUCCCACCCCCUACCCGUACCAUUGCCUCCCGCCUGACGCCUACUCGUCCAGCUACUGACGAGCCUUCUAUUGACUAUUCUCCUACCAUUGCCGAGGAUGGCAUUGUCGAGUCUCGCUCAGUCCAGUCCAGACUUGUCACUCUCUUUCUGUCACAGGGAGGCGGUUUCUUCAAAAUGGACAAGCCAGGAGGCAGGCGUAUGCUCCCACAUCUUGCCUGGACCGCACGACCAACCCAUAUGCCGUCGGCUACAACUUUCCUUUUAAUUGCUACCUGGGUCGUGGUGGCAAUUGGGGUCAGCACACUAUUUGUCGCAUUCUCGCCUACACGCCCAAAGCAUGGAUUUAAGGAGAUGCGCCAAGCAAUGAUGGAGGUGAUUUGGGAGAGUGACAGAGUCACGUUCUCCAACUUAAAAGACUCCGAGACCAGUGGUGACGUGUCCGUGCCAGCGGGCAACAACUUGCAUGCAAGAGAGAUGGGGGUAGAAGAUGGCAGCAACGGAGCUUACCUACAGGUAGCAACUGGCGCCAGCGAGGAGCCUGGUAACCUAGAGGACUUCAAGAAGAACAAUGGCACAUGCACUUCUACAACAAAGGCCGAUAGCACAAAUGCGCAAAAGCUGGAGGGGAAUGCUUGCGGCGGCAACAAGUGGGUUUUGGCGAGCGAGGAGGAUCAUAUGGUAGAUCAUUUCGGGAUGCAUUAUGGGAACUUGUUGGUUCAGCAGAAGGGAAGCAGAUCACUUGUGAGAGAGUUGGAGGGCAAUCUUGACACCAGCAAUAACAAGCAGGAAAUGGCAAGGAACAAGAGCAAGGACAAGGAUACUGACGUACAAAAGGACCCGGAGACUGAUGACAACACUGCAGUGCCUACUAGAGUUAAUAGCUCACGUACAGAAGGGCUGGAAGUGGAUGGAAACAGCAGUGACAACACGCAUGAUGCAGCGACGAAGAGCAGCAACGAGGAAUAUGCUAGGGUAAAGGACUUCAAGAUUGACAAGGACAACAUCUCGGUCGAGACAGGUGAUACCUCAUUGUAUGUGAGAGAACUGGAUGAGUAUGUUGUAAGGACCAACGACAGCAAGGAGGUGAUGGUGGAUAACAAUGAGGAGGAGUAUGGAAAUGGUGUGGCCGCAAAAGAACUCGAUUAUCUAUGGUGGGAUGUUAUGGAGAAACUAUGGCCAUGGAUCCAGAAGUCUCCUUACUACAGUGGAGUAGAGGAUCUCCGGCUGCUCCGUGACCGUGUUGCACUGAGGCCCAUGGGUCACACUCUAUCGUUCUGUGCUCGCAACCUCAGUGGAGUUGAGAGUAGUAACCAGCAGUGGCAGUUCAAUAUGCAGUUUGCUGAUCCACAUUCAUUGCCACAUCGACUGAAUCUGUCGUCCAUUCUUCAGAUCCCGGUCCAAAGCACAUGCAUUGUGAUGGUUCGACAUUCCUUGAGGUUGCCAGGAAUGAUCAAGAAGAAGUCGGUGCGACUGAAAAAAAGGAAAGAUAAAGAAAAUACUGGAACAGCUGGUCGCAGAUUUCCAGCAGCGGCUUCAGGAAUGAGAUGGACGGACCAUGAUGUGGUAGAUCAGGAGGACUUCGUCAUGGAUCGCUAUGCCAUGCCAAUUGUCGUCACUGUCAAGGAUGCAUUUGUGACUUCACAUGGUCAUGUGUAUAGCAAGGAGGUGGGAACAAUCGGGAUCGAGAGUUGUGGAGGUACUCCGUGGCCGCUCCCCGAGCAGCCUGCGGCGCAGUCAGCAUAUGACACACAUCGAAUUGAAAAGAAAGUGUUUGUGAUCUCUUACGGUCCUCAUGGAGCAGACGUUUACCAUGCACUGGUUGAGUGUCUCUCGAGGAUGUCGGCGUAUUAUGGAGACGUUCUGUCGGAUCCAUCGAUCAAACUCCAUAUGUUGCCAUCGCGUUAUGAGAUGCUUGAUCAGCUGCUCACUAUUCUAGGGUUCACAAGUGACAGGAUCGUUACCGGCAACGUCUUUGCCAAGAUUGUGUUUGUUGCCGAGCCAUCUAUCAUCCCUUGUUGGGGCGGAGAGAUGUGGCACAUGCGACAAAUAAGGGCCCUACUGAGAACACGACUGCGCAGGGUAUGUCCUCACUUGUUCCCACCACCUCUUCAAUCAUUGUCAGCACGAAAUCAGGUGACAUCUACCACUCAUGCUAACGCAAUCCCGACGUCAUCACCACAUUCAUCAUCAUCUUCUUCUUCUUCUUCCUCUUCUUCUUCUUCCUCUUCUUCUUCUUCUUCUAGUAGUAUGGCUACGGCUGAAGCAUUGUCGACUGUAGAGCACAGAAGUGGGAAGGGUGAUGAAAAUGGGAGUGGCUUUGGAUAUGGUGGCCCAAGGAAUGCAGUGAAAGCUCCUGCCAGCAUCUCUAGUGACUACUUUGAAGGUGGGGCUGACAACAAUAUUGACGCCAUCAGUGUCUCUUCCCAUGCAUGGACAGCAGUAGCCAAUGUUUGUUUGCCCUUGGCGUCGGAGCCGGCAUUCAAAUCAGCAAAUAUGUGGGGGUUCAUCACAAAAACAGAGGGGUGGGCAGCUGGCGGCAAUGAAUCGAUUUUGAGUUUUUUAGGGCGGAAGCGCAAACACCUUGGCCUAAUUGUUCGGCGGACUUCAACUCGCGUGGUGAUCAAUCAAGCAGAGAUGGAACGACUGCUGGUGGAAAGGUAUGGCUCAGAGAUAGAUUUUGCAGUGCUUUCCGACGACCCUGCGCCAUCUCUCACAGAGAUUUUUUUCCUGUUUUACCAUGCUGACAUUGUCGUAGCUCCCCACGGGGCAGGGCUGACCAACAUGCUGGUGUCUCAUGGAGAGGGCAGAGAGGCUGUUGCUGUAUGGCCUUAUCCAGAAAGGACAAGCAGUGGUGCUGGUACUAUGAGUGUCCGCGUGCCAAGACGAGAACAUCGUCCAGUGGAAGGACCGUAUGCAACGGCCAAGGGGACCAAAGGGACUGUCAUCAUUGAAAUCGUGCCAGAUGCAUACAUGGUCAGACUUUACUUUGCCCUGGCCAGUGGCUUGGGCAUUAGUUACAGCUUUGUUAUCGGCUAUUCAAUGCUUGCUGAAGAGGACAGGGAAUUGUGGAUGACGAAAGGGAUUCUAUCGUUUACAAAGGCUGGCCCUACCAACCAACGAAUGCUCGGGGAAACGGACGAGGCCUAUCAGGCCCGGAUGCUGCUUCUGAUUACGGAAGCUAAGCAACGGUUGGAUCCAGUAGCAGCCGCAACAAAGAAGAAGGCAGAGGAUGCCGAGAAGGCACGUCUGUUGGCAAUUGAACAGCAGCGCCAGCAAGACGAGGCAGCAGCAAAGGCUGCCGAUGAAGAACGACUUCAACGCCGCGAGAAGAUAUUCAGCGGAGAGCGAGCUUUGCUCACAUUGGCAGCGGACUCGCGGGCCGAGAAUGGCAAUCUGGAAGAGAGUGGAAACAAGAUCGCUCUCCUCCUUGGCCAUCUCACGGACCUCCUGGCCACUUGCCUUGCACAGCGGGAGGACAUUCACAACCUCGACGACGUGGUCCAGACACACAAUCAGGCACAUGCGGAAGUCGAUAGUCCUCCUCUUCUUUAUUCUUUUGAGGACUAUGCUGCCCRGCUCGUUCCUACGCUGGGUACUCAUGCUCAAGGACAAGACAUGUGUGCGGCAUCUUCUCCAUCCGGCAACGGCAACUUAUCGUCUUCAAGUAGUUCUUCACGGGAUUCGGCGCGCGAGUUCAACAUAGAGGUAUUGGACCCGCUCACGUCUGAGGAUAUCGCAUGGUUUCCUCUCCCGACCACAGGCCGCUUGUCAAGACCUCAAUGCGCAGCAUUAUGCGCUCAUCUUCACACGUACUUAUCCUUCUAUGCACCACCAACUUCGCCGACGGAUGACGAAGUCGUGGUGGGGGACAUCCUUACGUAUGUUACCAAGGUGGCCCGCGAGUUUCACAAGCAGCGGUACGAUGACAACAAUGCACCACUCUUGUAUGUCCGCAUCCAAGUUGGGCAAGCGUCCUGCAGCGCUUCGCUGGAUAGCGGCGCGCCUCGCAAUUUUAUGAGCCAAACCUUUAUGCAAAAGGCUGGCCUUGGCGCACAAGUUCGAAGAAAGCCAAACCCGAUGACGAUCAAGUUGGCGGACGGAAGGACGCGGCAACUUAUCGACCGCUACAUCGAGGCCGUACCGGUGUAUUUCGCACCUCAUGCAUGCGAACCGGUGACAUUUGACAUUUUGGGCACGGACUUCAACAUUAUUUUGGGAAUGUCUUGGCUUGCAAGUGCGGAUCACACGGUCUACUUCCACCGGCGGACUGUUACUGUUCGUGACGCCUUCGGUGCCGAAGUGUCGUGUACUAUUCCUCUUCCGCACCCUUCGAUUCGGUGCCAAGUGGUAACGGCCAAGUCAUUCCGGGCUACUUGUGCUUACGAGCAGCCCGACGAAAUCGGCCUAUGUUUCCUACGGACCGUCGCGGUAGCCGACUCUUCACCCACGGACUUGUCUUCGGACCCCCGUGUGGUGCGGUUGCUUGACGAGUUCGUCGACAUCUUCGAGUGACCUACCGGUGUGGUGCCGGAUCGGCCGAUCUCUCACGAGAUCAUUCUUGAGGCCGGUGCCGUGCUGCCGAAAGGUUGCAUUUAUCGCAUGAGCGAGGAGGAGCUUACGGUCCUCUGCACGCAACUCGAUGAUUUGUUGGACAAGGGUUGGAUCCGCCCUAGUAGCUCUCCAUACGGAGCGCCAGUUCUCUUCAUACAGAAGAAGAACAAAGAUCUACGAUUGUG